GAGAAUGAGAGGAUAAGAUAAUGGAUUGUACUUUGAGCAUUCAGUUCUGGUGUGAAGCAGGUCCAUGGGUUAGUUCAGUUUGUGUUGAGCUCUGAAAUUAUGUGGCAUGUGCACUUUGAAACUGUGACAGGACAGCUUACACAGCAGUGAUCUUUUGCUUUAGAUUGCACCUGCAGAGUGUCUCGUGAUGGAGCCCAGAGGGCAAGGCUGGCAUAUGCCAGGUCAUCAGUACCACUCUGGUGACAGAGAUGACCACUACAGAUCCUCCCACCAAACACCAUAUUACUACCCACCUUCAGACCCAAGAGAAAGAGAGUGGCCCCAUGUGGAUCCCCGGUAUGGAAGCUACAUGGCCAGUCCUCCUAACCCAGAAAACACUACUGGAUAUAGCAGUCGUCCUUUCUCUAGCCAAGGGUUUGCAUCAGACCAGCCGUUACACUACAGACCACAUUCCAGGCAGGAAUAUGACUACUCUGCUCCCAGUUACUGGCCCUACAGACUAGACUAUGGGUAUUACAAUUAUCAUGGUUAUCACAGAGCACAAUACAGCUCCCCAGAUGGUGGUGGGUGGAGCCCCGCAGAUGGCUGGAGAGGAGAGGGGUAUCAGGUCAGAGGACUGCACCAGGAGUCUGCAAGAGCUGAAUACCCUGAUCAGCAGGGCUACAACCUUAGAACAGAUGGUCAGUAUGGUCAUGGGGUAUUGGAGAGACAGCGCAGAGAAAGUAUGCAAAAUGGAGAUGGAACUAGAGAGGCUGUUUUGUUUCAUCUUCUCCAGCUGUAUGAUAAUGGAGCUCUUGCCAACUCUAAAACCUCAGGUCUGUCCUCCAGCAGCUAUGAGCUCAGCCAGUACAUCAAUGCAGCUGAUCAGAGUGAACCUGAGCCAGUAUCUCACAUAGAUUUUGAUGCUGCGGUCAUAGCCCCACUAAAGUUCUGCAUCCCCCAUGUGGCAGUGAGCUUUGGGCCUGCAGGUCAACUGGUAUGGGUCAGUCCUGCCUUUGCCUCUAAGGGUGACCCUGCUCAAGUGGAACUCCACAGCCUAGAGGUUAUUAUGUGUGAUACAGAGGAUCAGCAGGAUAUGAGAGACUUUCCUGGGCCACUGACCAGGGAGGAUAUGCACAAGGUGGAUGCCAUUAACUUUGCCCUUCAAAUGUCAGAGGAAUGUCUGAAGGAUGAGAAGUUAGAAGAUGCCACUUCUGCUGCCCUCUUGUGGCAUCUAUUAAUACUGCUGUGUAGACAGAAUGGAAGAAUUGUGGGCUCAGACGUAGCAGAACUGCUGAUGAGGGACUCCAGUUCUUUGGGUGUGUGUGGGGUCUCUGGUGAACCUGCAGAUGAAGCAAGCCUCAUUGAUCUGAGUGAAACUCACACACCAGAAACAGAGACCAUCAACAUUGUCGACCUUCUGACUGGAUACCCCCCAACUGACAAAGAAACCGAAGAGCAAAACCUUGAGAAAUAUACCAAACUAUUGCUGUCUGGCAGGAAAAAGGAGGCACUGGAGUCAGCCAUGCAGAGUUGUCUUUGGGGUCAUGCCUUAUUUCUGGCCAGCAAAAUGGACAGCAGAUCCUACAACACAGUGCUGAGCAGAUUUACUGGCAGCCUGGCCCCCACUGACCCUUUGCAAACCCUUUUCCAGCUGCUCUCAGGAAGAAUCCCAGCUGUUUCCAUGUGCUGGAGUAGUGAGAAGUGGGGAGACUGGAGAACACACUUGGCUGUAAUGCUGUCCAAUGAGACAGGAGACUCCAUCAUACAUCACAGGUCCAUCAUCACCUUGGGUGAUACCCUAGCCUCCAGGGGUCUGCUCUAUGCCUCCCAUAUCUGCUACCUCACAGCUCAUUCCCCCUUUGGCUGGUACAAAAACAGAUCAGAACGCCUGGUGCUUCUGGGCAGCAAGCACAUUCUUCCGUUUUCCAAGUUCUGUCAGAACUCCGCCAUUCGCUGCACUGAACUGUUUGAGUACUGCCAGAGGCUUGGAAAUGCUGAAUUUAUCAUCCCUGCAUUUCAGGUGUUUAAAUUCCUGUAUGCAUGUCGGCUGCUGGACUGUGGUCUGGUGUCUCAGGCCUAUCACUACUGUGAGGUGGUGGCAAAAGUGCUGCUCAGGAUUGAGGAACCCCACAUGGUGCUGCUGGAGGAGCUUAUCAAAUUAGUGGACAGACUGAAGUUGUCUGAGGCACAGCUCAGAGAUACAGGUGUCAAUCAGCCUUUCCUCGACCCUGAUUGGCUGGUGCAGCUUCACUGCAGACACCAGGCCAUGCAGAUGGAGAACUAUGAUUGUAGUGGGACACACCAGUCACCAGUUGUGGAGAGUACUUGUGCUUAUCAGGACAGCAACGAGUAUUCAGAUUCCCAGACAGAGACCAUUAAUCAUGAAGAUAUUGAAGAUGAUUUCUUAUACCCAUCUCAGCUUAUGAUACCACACAAUGAUGCCCUGCAUCAGAAGUCCUCCACCCCAGUGAGCCACUCGCACUCUUCUGAAGAACAGGCUCCUAAGACCGUUGCUCCAGUGCCACUGUACCCUACUCAGCAGCCAAUGACACUGCCCCCAGUCUUCCCUAUGCAGACGUUUGGGCCUCUACGAGCUUCAGUGGACCAAAGUCACACUAAUCCUGAUAGCAGCACUAAUUAUGAUAUUGCUACAUCCAGUUUGCCUCAAAGAAGCUGCCAUAAUAUAGGUUUUGAGUAUUCUGUCGAUGGAGUGAUGCAGGGUGCUCCUGAAAACCAUACCAUACUUGGGAAUGUUGAGACAAUUCCAAGUGAGGAUGACAAGAGAGAGGCCAACACCCAAUCCGCAAAGAGCUCAAAGUCUGCAUGGUUCAGUGGCUGGUUUAAGUCUAAGCCUAAAGAAAUCUCAAAAGAACAAAUGCCAGACUCCAGUCCUACUUCUGGGGGUCCCUAAUUAAGGUCUACUUUGGGCAGUAUUCACCAGUUGAUGGACUUCAGCAUGGUGUUCAAGACUGAUGCACCCCAAGACUGAUGCACAUACUGAGGCCAAGCCCACCCCUGCAGUUAUUUUAUUUUACUUCACCUUAAAUGGUCUGUUUUUCCAUAUUGCAAGUGAGGCUACAAAAAUACCCUGAGGACAGUUCUAAAAAUAGUUUUUUAAAUGUUUGGUGUUUACUUACUUUCUUAAAUGAAGACAUUGAACAGCUGAAGCACAGCUCAGGGAGCUGACUCUUGGGAUUUGCAUCUUGGCCUGCAGGAAGGAGGGGACAUAAUGGCAAUGGGUGCUGGACAAAAGUGCUGUGACUCAUGGAAUGAUGAACUUAAAAUAUCACCACAGCUGGUAAUGUCAGUAAUUAUAUAACUGUAUAACUUGUAAUCCACCCCCAACAACAGUGAUUAUGCUUAAUCAUCACUGAAAGAAGCAAAUCAAAUAGAUUUGUAAGUGGUUUCACAAUUUAAAGCUUUCCCAUAGGAGCAGUGCAUAUAUGGGACAUGUAUAAAUUGAGAAAAAUGUAAGAGAAAAAAGAUUAUCUUUGGAACAUACAGUAUGUUCCAAAGAUAAUACUGACAUCAGGUCAUGACUGACACUGAUGGAGGUCCAGUUUUAUUAUUUAAUUUACAUAUCCUAAUGCUAUCUAAGGGACAGUAUUUUCUACAGUAUUUAAUAUUUUUUAAUGCACUGUCAAUUAUAUUGUGUAAGUGUAAUUCAAGCCAUUGAUGUUUUUUUUUUUUUAAAUAUCUGACCACACCUUUUAUUUCUAAUAAAAGAUGGCAGUACUAAAUAAUAAUAUUUUUUUGUAAUAUUUGUAUAAGUAAUGUAAAUGUAUAUGAUUAACAACAAUAAAUGUUAGUUACAUAAAAUAUAACAAAAAAUAUGGCACUGUCAGCCAGUGACUCUGGUUAAAUCAAGUGGAGCAGUGGAAUUUGACAAGAGGAAUGCCAUCUCUUUUUACCAUGAGUAAGCAGGUCUGGAGCACAUGGACAAAUGUUAGCAAUAGUGUGGCACUCUGGGGAUUAGGGUCACACAUCCUCAAGAGAGACAUACAGAGGGAACAACAGGAUUCCAUCUUAUACCCUAGCAUAUGUCCAACACCACAUUUCACACCCAGGGACACAUGACUCCUCAAUAAUACUGCUUUUAAUUGACAGUGCCAUAUUCUCUUUCACUCCUGUACAACAAAGAAUCUAAUGUAAAGGUUUUUAGUUUAAUAAAAUAUGGGGUAACAGUUUGUGCAUUUAUUUGAAUCACUAUAAACAUGUUUAUAGCAUAUAACACAAAUCUAAAACAAUCUGAAACACAAUUUUGUCCUGCUGCUUGUUUAUAGUCCCAAAUACAAGUAAUACCAAUGGACAGCAAAAAAAAAAAAAAAAAAAAAGAAAAAAAGAAA